GUUCUUUUUUUCACUUUGUCCGUUUCCUUCCUGUUCCCGUUUUCCCCUUGCAACACUGCUUUGACCCGGUUUUCCCAAGCCGCUUCCUCCUAUUCUUUCAAACUCGGCGCCACCUACCAUCCUCAACCCCACCGAAGCAAAAUUUCGAAGCAAGCCUCAAAGUACAGCAGUAGUUGUGCGUGACGUGACAAAAUAAUGCGGACCUGGGUGCCCGUCCUACUGUCCAUUCUGCCCGCCGGGCUCUCGCUGCUGGUUGGCGCGACGGCAGCCAUCGACUUUGUGCUCUUCCUGGUCACGCUGCUGUGGCUCUUCUAUGUGCUCAAGAAGCCCGAGGACCUGUUCCAGGCGGCCACACUGCGUCGCGCGCAGCUCGCCUCUCAGUCCCAGCCACUCCAUUCCCAGCGCAGCAGUGCAGCAGACGCCUCCUGGGCCACCCCGCCAGCCACGCCAGUCUCGCGUUCAGCCCAACGGGGCUCCUUGUCGUCGUCGUCGUCGUCGUCGUCCCCUUCGUCGGUGCCGCGUCGCAGCUCUGGCGACAAUGCAGAGGCAGCGGGCAUCAUUGCCGGGCGGAUUCCGACGUCUGCUGCUGCUGCUCCAGGCGGCUCUGCGCCGGCGCUCGCAGGCCUUGGCGCACAGCAGACAGUUGGCCCCAGUAGCGCUGGAACGCACCUCCCUCGAGGCGUCUUUGCGGAGACGAGCAGCUCGAGUUCCUCAGCUGCAGCUGCUGCUGCCAAUCAUCACGGCGCGCGAAAGGCGGCUGCUGCUUCCAGCAAUGCGACGAAGGACGCUGCUGAGGCUGGCGACGUCAUCGCGACCGUUUCCGAUGCGCAAAGGCACAAGCUCCGAACGCGAGCUGGAUAUGUGGCUGCGUCGUCCAAUCUGACGGUCGUUUCAGAGGAAAAGCAGCAGACCAAGUCAUCAUCGUCCUCUUUACAAGAGCACAAAGUGUUUGAGCAAGCGUCGUCGAGCAUACGGCGAACGGUUCGAGUUCAAGACGGCGCGACCAACGCCACUGGUUCCGACAGCAUGAUUCAAGAGGAAAUGCUCGAACGCCAGCGCUCUCGCAACCCCGCCCUGUCCUAUGCCACCUACGAUCCAACCGACUCGGAUGAUUUGCUAGAUGACGACGAGACUGGUGCGCCAGUGGCGGUGACUGAAGCGCGCAGGAACCUCCUCGAACAAACCAGCAAGUUGAAGGUGACCCUCCAGCCGCCGCGAAGCUCAAGCGUCGGGAAUAUUGACAGCAGUGAUAAGGAGGCAGACGACGAUGAAACCCAUCGAGAAUACAUCGAGGCGAUGGCUGAGCUCCGAGGGCUCGAACGUCGCGCGCUUGUCACGUCGUUGAUUGCGCCGUUCGUCGGUGCGAUCGGCAUUCAUCUCUUGGGCAGCCAGUCCGAAGGUGUGCUGAUGGCGCUGUUUAGCCCCCGACUCUUCCUUGUGGCCUCGGGCUUGCCACCCUUCCUGCGGCUGUGGAAUACUUGGACGUCUCGGGCGCACGAACUCCAGCAGCAGCUCGACCGGCCCUUGAUUGAAGCAGAGGCGAUGGCCGAGCGCGAAGAUCGCCUCAACACGCAAGUGCACACGCUCGAGCACGAGCUUGCCAGCGUCCAAGGCGAGCUUGUGGCACUCAAGUCGCGUGUCGACUCUUCGCUGCUCAAAAUGACGCGCGUGCUUCGGAACAGCAAGGGCGCCAUUGACAUGCACACGGAAGCAUCCACACAGCGACUCGUCUCGCUCGAGACGCGUCUUGCCGAGAGUGAAAGUCUGUUGAAAUUCGGAGCAACCUCCCUCAGCCCGACCGAGGUGACGUGGUUGUCGCUUUUCCGAUGGGAGCGUCCAUCAGUCAAAGCUGCUCGCUUGCUCAUGCUUCUGUUCCGACGAUGAUUGGAUUUUCUUCAGGAUUUUGUCGUUUUCUUGCUUGUUUUUGAUUCUUGUUUGUUUGUUCACUGUUUGCUUUUAUCGACGUUUUGGCUUUUUCCCCCCCCCCCUUGCUUUGCUUUGCUUUUGAAUCCCCGCUGUUCCGAGUUGUUUGUAUUAUGCACUGUGCGCUUGAGAAUUUAUAUUUUCAUUACUCGCUCACACG